AUGGGCUGGUUUUGGGCAGACUCGCAGCCAAAGGUGCCUGUGGCGCCGCACCCCACCUCUUCCAGCGCGGCUCCUCCUCCCGGAUGCCCAAUGCAUGAGUCGGGGUCAGCACUUCCUGCUGCGCCAAAGAGUGCCAACCCUCCCGGCGACUGUCCGAUGCGCUCAACCGACUCCCCUUUCUAUGUCCCUCCGAAAUCGUCCACCCCGGAGUCUCCGCAAGCUCCGGCCGCUCCAGCAAAAGCCUCCACUUUGUCAAAGCUGAACCCUUUGAACUACAUGUUCGCGUCGAUCUCUCAGGAGCGCGCGCCAAACCAGACCGUUGAUCUUGGUGUUGAUCGUGAGGUUUCUUCGAUCCCAAGAGGCGACUCCGCGGGCAACUGGGAGUACCCGUCUGCCCAGCAGAUGUACAACGCGAUGCUGCGCAAAGGACACACCGAUACACCCCAAGAUGCAGUGGAGUCCAUGGUGGCCGUUCACAACUUCUUGAAUGAAGGCGCCUGGGAUGAAAUUGUUGGCUGGGAACGUGUCUUCGCAAAGGGUCUGAAUCAUGGAUGGGAGAAAUGCCGCCGCGGGGAAGAGAACCUGAGCUUCGAUCUGGCCAAGGCCGAGUAUAUGGGUACGGUGGACCAGACGACUGAGCCUCGUUUGAUCAGGUUCCAAGGCCGUCCACAGGAGCUGAGCCCCAAGGCUCGGAUCUUCCAGGCCCUGGGAUGGGUGUACCCGUCCAAGUUUGAGACCAACCCGCCCUUCGACAGGCACGACUGGUUCGUCCAGCGCCAAACUCCCUCGGGUCCGAAAGAAGUUCGCUACGUGAUCGAUUACUACUCGGGACCGCCGGAGCCGAACGGCGAGCCGGUCUUUUACCUUGACAUCCGACCUGCUUUGGACUCCCCGACUGCCGCUGUCGAACGGCUGAUGAGAUGGGGUGGUGAUGUCUGGUGGAGAGCCAGCGGUGCUUCUGUCAGAGAGCAAGCUCACCGGUGA